GGGGGCUCGCGACCAGCGCCUCAGCCCAGCAAUGCAGCCGCGCGUGCGCCCAGGUGCUCGGCGCCUCGCAGCGCCCGGUUGCCGUGGGAACCGCAGCGCGCAGCUACGCCGCGCGACCCCAAUGCGGCCCGGGCAUGGAGUUGCCAGAUCCGGUCCGCCAGCGGCUGGGAGACUUCAGCCGGACCGUGUUCAGCGAUUCCAACAGGACCGGGCCGGAGUACAGCGAGGGUCCGGAUAAUGAAAUGGUUUCCAGUUUGGAGUUGCAGAUGUCACUUUAUUUUAACACUUACUUUUUCCCACUUUGGUGGGUAAGCAAUGUUAUGAUGCUUCAGAUGAAGUAUUCAAUCUUGCCUGAUUACUACAAAUUCAUUGUGAUCACUGUUAUCAUCCUAAUCACCUUAAUUGAAGCUAUCAGGUUGUAUCUGGGCUACAUGGGGAACCUACAGGAGAAGGUUCCUGAGUUGGCUGGCUUUUGGCUUCUGAGCCUUCUAUUGCAGUUGCCUUUAGUUCUUUUCUUGCUCUUUAAUGAAGGCCUAACGAAUCUGCCCUUGGAAAAAGCGAUACACAUCAUCUUCACUAUGUUCCUUACUUUCCAAGUUGUUUCAGCGUUUCUUACCCUAAAGAAAAUGGUAAAUCAGCUGGCAACUCGUUUCCAUCUCCAAGACUUUGACCAGCUCGCUGCAUAUAGAGGAGGCAUGAGAAGAAUGAGACCCUGUGUAGAAGAGAUUUGACCCAGCGCUGCUGAGUGAAAAUCUGAAGGAUCAUUCUAAAAGACUGUAAAGGAAAACAUCAGAGUUCUGGCGUGAUAGAAGGGACAAAGCAAGUGUUUUGAGCUGUAUACUUUCUAGCUCUGAAAUUCCAAGGGAGGAGGCAAUCAUAAGACUGUUUAUACAGUACAUGAAAGCAGUAAGACAACCAUAAAGCCUCGAUGUUGUCCACCUGAUGCCAAAUAUCGUAAUUUUGUUGUCAGAUUUUUCAGGUGUGUAGAAAUCUGUGUGCAUGGUCUCAGUUUACCAGCUUCACUGUAUUAUUUAAGUUAGCACCUGGAACUAGAAAUGUGUAUAUUUCUUGUCAAGUGUGUAUAUUUCUUGUUGGCUGUCCAUAUCUUGGCAGUACAUCUGAAGCACAUGGAAAAGCUUGUCAAUUCUGGUGAAUAGACUGUAUUUGUAAACCAUUCGUAAGACACUUCAAAUUUUCAUGUUUUCUAGGGUUAAAUUCUAAUAAGGUCUUAACUGUUAUACUGAGGUUAAAAACAGGUGGAUUAUCAUGGUAUUUAGUGAAUAUUUUUGUCAUAAAAUUGUAAGUUUUGUAAAACCAUGUUCAGUAUUUAUGGUGGUGGUGUCAAGUGUAUUUUAAUCAUGUUUUAAUAAAAUUACAAAAUAUUUAUAUUAAAGUAUUUGCAACAAA